AUGCUUUCGGCGCUCAGCCAAUCAGCCAAGCACAUCAUCUCCGCGACCACGGAAGAAUAUGUCCAAGGAAUGACCCGGCGUCGGUUCGAGUCGCUGCUGGACGUGGACAGAGAUCAGAACAAGAACCUGAGUAAUGCCAAUCAAGUCAGUAACUCCUCUGAUGCCAGUGUGGAGCCUGCCUUUCACCGCGAGCUGGUCCUGGCCCAUUGCUUCCAGCAGUUCAAGCGGAAGGACUCGCAACUGCCCCAGAGUCGCCGGCGCAUCUUCGUCUUACCACAAAAGGAGGAUGCCCUGGGCGUCCCUGCCAGACCCCCGCCCCCUGCUCCCCCAGAGACAAUUUCCUGCUAUGAGGAAAUCUUGAAGGCCACCCAGGAGCAGCCGGAGGAUGUGAGUACCUGGGUGAGACGGAGGAUGCAGCUCCGGCAGGACCUGGAGACCUUCGGUGACCUCGACAAGUGGCUGCAGAACAAGAAUGACAUCACGGCUCUGGAGGCCAAGGUCUUACAUGGGAUGUACCUGGAGCAAGAGACGUGGCUGAAGGGACGCCAGGCAGUCACAGUGCAAAAGAAGAGACCCCCGCGGCCCGGGCCCCGAGCCAUGCCCCAACUUCUGCUGCCCAUGCCCCCCGUGCUGCCCAACCUCUUCUCCUUCCUGCACUUCCACAAGCUCAGGCUUCCGGACAUCUUCCGAGGGAAGGAACUCCGCAGUAGCUGGAAGAUCUCCAGGGAGGAAUUCAUUCUGGCUCUCAGGGAGGUGGGAGUCCCGCUGAACCAGGAGGAGAUGGAGGAUGUGGUGAUCUACCUCAGCUCCCUGAACAAGAACAACACCAUCACCAUGAACAACCUGGAGGUCUGCCACAAGCAGUGGGUCGUGUCCCAGCGGAAAAGCGUCCUGCUCACCUGGAGAGAGUAUUACAGGUCCGCCAGGCAGAAAAAUUUGAAGGCGAAAGUCUCCAAGGGGCCCUCCCCCAUGGUAAUGGACUGGCUGACCGUGCCCGCGGUUGACAUCAAGCCAGAAUCGUUCCCCAUGAGCCAGGAGGAGAGGGAGGAAGUGAGCAAGCAGUACCGAGAGAGGAGGAAGAAGGCUAAGGUACCCCCAAACCCACCCGGGGGUGCAGGGGAGGGCCUGGGCUGGCUCACUCACGCACCCACGAGGAAAAAGCACCUGGGCCGUGACACCAGAGACAGCAACCUCCCGUCCACCAUGGGCGGGGAGAUGAAGGACUUCCUCAACCACUUCCGCCGGGAAAACUUCCUGGUCUACCUGCAGUGCUGCAAGGCCUGCGAGUACUAUGGCAUCCAGCUCACCAAGGACAUCCUGGUAAAGGCCCUGCUGUACCCGGGAGACAGGGUCAUUUUCCAGAAGGACCACAAGCACCGCAUCCGGCAGCCGGGGGGCUACUACAGCGACCAGCUCUUUGGCCAGAAAUAUUCGGGGUCCAAGAAGAGGGACCAGCUGACUGGGACCAAGGGCAAGGGCAGCAGCACGGACGUGUGUGUGUGCACGCGCACGUGUGUACACGUGGGUAUCAGCCACAGCAGCAGGACACUGUCCCCGGCAGCAAUGGGCAUUGGUUCCAUCUUGCUACUUGGACUGCGGGACCAAAGGAAAGCAGCCCAGAAAGUCAAGCAAAUGCCCUUUCCGGAGUUCGAGGAUUUUCUCAGGUCUGUUGAGUCCAAGACCUCGGAGUCCCUGCAGCGAACCGACCCCAACGCCUUCUGGCCGGGUCAGCUGCUGGACAAGCUGCAGCUCUAUCUGCCCACCAUGAGCAGGGACCGGAGCCUGGCCCUCUUCAGCUGUGUCCGGCCGCAGCCCCCCGCCUACCCAGCCAUUUACCACCCCGACCGCUGGUGGCCCAUUAAGAACACGAACUACGUGACCUAUGCCAACUACGAUGCCAACAAGGUGUACUUCAUUGGCUAG